UUCAGGGUGAGUUUGAACUCUUUCUGUCUCCAGGGAAACAGCCUCGUAGCCCAGCUGCUUUGCAUGUUCUGUUGUGGCCACAGACCUGUCGGUGCCUGGGUGGCCUGGCGUCUCCUGAUGCAAAAGCCUGGGGCAGGGACAGCUGAGAGACUCUAGCUGGGCUGGACGGGGACUGCCGUACUGGGGAGCCCCCGCAGGUGUCAUGACUCAGCAGCCCCAGGAGGGCUUCGACCGGAGCGUGGAGGACGCCCGGGAGUGGAUGAGGGCCGUGCACGAGCGGCUGCAGGUCAACGACAACACCCAGGGGCCCCGCACAGCCCUGGAGGCCAGGCUGCGGGAGACCGAGAAAAUAUGCCAGCUGGAGCCUGAGGGGCGCGUGAAGGUGGACCUCGUGCUGCGGGCGGCCGAAGUCCUCCUGGCGUGUUGCCAUGACGACCAGAAGCCUGAGAUCCUGGCCCAGCUGAGGGACAUCAAAGCCCAGUGGGAGGAGACCGUCACCUACAUGACCCACUGUCACAGCCGCAUCGAGUGGGUGUGGCUGCACUGGAGCGAGUACCUACUGGCUCGGGACGAGUUCUACCGCUGGUUCCAGAAGGUGACGGUGGCGCUGGAGCCACCCGUGGAGCUGCAGCUGGGCCUGAAAGAGAAGCAGUGGCAGCUGGGCCACGCCCAGGUCCUGCUGCACAACGUGGGCAACCAGGCUGUGCUCCUGGACCGGCUGCUGGAAGAGGCGGCCUCCCUGUUCAACAGGAUCGGGGACCCCAGUGUGGACGAAGACGCCCAGAAGAGGAUGAAGGCCGAGUACAGCGCGGUGAAGGCCAAAGCCCAGGACAGAGUGGACUUGCUGGAGCAGGUGACCCGGGAGCACGAGCACUUCCAGGCACGCGUGGAGGAGUUCCAGCUGUGGCUGAAGGCGGUGGUGGAGAAGGUGGGCCGCUGCCUCCGGCGGGACUGCAUGCUGACCACGGAGCGCCGUCUCUGCGUGCUGCAGGAGAUCGCCGGUGACUUCCCCCGGGGUGAGGAGUCGUUGAGGAGGCUGGAGGAGGAGGCUGUGGGUGUCAUCCAGAACACCUCUCCUCUGGGUGCGGAGAAGAUCACCGAAGAACUGGAGGAGAUGCGGAAAGUUCUGGACAAGCUGCGAGCCCUCUGGGAGGAGGAGGGGGAGCGGCUGCAGGGCCUGCUGGAGUCCAUGGGAGCCUGUGAGCAGCAGAGGCGGCAGCUGGAGGCCGAGCUGGCCGAGUUCAGGAAGGACCUUCAGAGGCUGGCCGAGGAGGGUCUGGAGCCCGCGGCGAAGGAGGGGACCGAGGACGAGCUGGUGGCCCGCUGGAGACUCUACUCGGCGACGCAGGCGGCCCUGACGGCCGAGGAGCCCCGGGUGACCCGGCUGCAGGCUCAGCUGAAGGCGCUCCUCCUCUCACCCCAGGACCUGCAGCCGCUCUCCGACAGCGUGGUGGCCGCGCUCCAGGACUACCAGAGCCUGAAGGGGAGGAGCACCAGACUGCGCAACGCCACCAGGGUGGAGCUGUGGCGGUGCGUCCAGCGGCCUCUGCAGGACCUGCGGCUGUGGAGGGCCCUGGCCGAGCAGCUCCUGGAUGUCACCGCCAGCCUGCCAGACCUGCCCUCCAUUCACACCUUCCUGCCCCAGAUCGAGGCGGCCCUGGCGGAAAGCUCACGCUUGAAGGAGCAGCUCACGAUGCUGCAGCUGAAGAAGGACCUGCUGACAAGCGUCUUCGGCCAGGACAAGGCCUCGGCCCUGCUGGAGCAGGUGGCCAGCUCCGUGCGGGACAGGGACCUGCUGCACAACGGCCUUCUGCAGAGGAAGAGCAAGCUGCAGAGCCUUCUGGCUCAGCACAAGGAUUUUGGGGCCGCUUUCGAACCCCUACAGAAGCAGCUCUCGGACCUCCAAGGCAGGGUCCACGCGGAGAACGGCCUUCAGCGGGACCUUCCUAGAAAACAGGCCCAGCUUUCCCGGUUGCAGGGGCUGCAGGAAGAGGGGCUGGACCUGGGGGCACAGAUAGAGGCCGUGAGGCCUCUCGUCCAGGGAAACCCCACCCACCAGCACAAAAUGGACCAGCUCUCUGCUGACUACCAGGCCCUGCAGAGGUCUCUGGAGGACCUCACGGACAGGUGUGAGCAGAGCGUGCGGGAGCACUGCACCUUCAGCCACGGGCUGCUGGAGCUGAGACAGUGGAUCGCCGUGGUCACCCACAAGCUGGAUUCACACCGGGAGGAGGCGGGCCCGAAGGACGCCCAGUGCCUGGAGGCCGAGGUCGAGAGGCUGCUGGCUGAACUCCCGGAGAAGGAGGCACAGCUGCCCCUGGUCGAAGCGUAUGGCCAGCUGGUGAUGCAGAAGUCUUCUCCGGAAGGGGCUGCAGCGGUCCAGGAGGAGCUGGGGGAGCUGGUGGAGUCCUGGCAGGCCCUGAAGCUGCUGGAGGAGAGCCUGCUUAGCCUCAUCAGAAACCAACCACUGCAGAGGACAGAAGUGGAUUCAGGGAAGAAAACAAUUUUCACCAACAACAUUCCCAAGACUGGGUUUCUCAUCGAUCCCACGGAUCCCGUUUCCAGGCAUCACCACAGGGCCAAUCUGCUCCCGGAAGAAGGCAGCCAGGAAGAUUUCUCCCAGCUCCUGCGGGGCUUUGAGCAGUGGUUGGAGGCGGAAAAUGCCAAGCUGGUUCGAAUCAUCGCAAUGAGAACGGCUAGAGCCAAGGAUCUGAGGGCCCGGGAAACAAAACUGCAGGAGCUGGAGGCUCGGGUGCCCGAAGGUCAGCAUCUCUUCGAGAACCUCCUCCACGUCGGGCCGGCGAGGGGGUCCUCGGAUGAGCUCGAGGACCUGCGUUACCGGUGGAUGCUGUACAAGUCCAAGCUCAAGGACUCCAGCCACCUGCUGACGCAGAGUUCUCCAGGGGAGCCGACUGGAUGCCAAAAGAGCUCGCGACAUUGGCGGUGGCGAGGACUCCGCCCCCUCUUCCGGAAGGCGUGCCUCGCCGCGCUCCCGCUGCAGCUGCUGUUCCUGCUGUUCCUGCUGCUGCUCUUCCUGCUUCCGGUCGGGGAGGAGAACCGCAGCUGCGCGCUGGCCAACAACUUCGCCCGCUCCUUCGCGCUCAUGCUCCGCUACAACGGCCCCCCACCCACCUAACCCGCUGGGGCGCACAGGUGACUCUCCCCCAGCCCUCCGUCAGCCCCGGGGCCCCUUCCGAGGGGACCCCGGAAACUGGAAUCAGAGGCACGCGGCACGCCGCCUCGGCAUAAAUACUGGACGGGCGUCCCCCAAACACAACCACUUUUUAUACGGUGUCGUCUUCGUCUGUUUAUACUAAAGGUGUCCUAUGUGCGAGUAGAUAAUGAUGCACCGAAUUUUUAUAUCCUCUGUAUGUAGAUGCGCUCGGUAUGUAUUGUUACAUGUAUGAUGUCUGUUUGUCGGUGGGAGAGCCCUCGCUCAGCCCAGUGGCUUUCGCUUUGGGCACAGCGAGAACGAAACGACAGCGGCUUAGACGCUGUGGGGCAGAAGUGUCAUGGUGAGGCUCGAAGGCAGACCUGGUGACAGCAGCGAGAAGUGACGGGUGAUCGCAUGAGAUCAAGGAUGGAAAAGAAGAACGACAACGGGCAGGACCCAGGACUCUACCCGCUCACAGUAUCGGCACCGGGCGCAGGUGUGGGGCUGGGGGCACGAACCUACGCCUCUCAGCCUCUGAUAGCCCAGAGCAGUGGCGGCCGGCGGUGGCCGUGACCCCAGCCUGCAGGCCUGGUUCGUUCAUGCUCCCUGGCCAAGCGGAAGGGAAGGAGAGAGGCCUCAUCGCUAAGGUCCUCACGGAGAAUGAGAAGUGUGCCCUUCUGUCACCUUGGGCUGUUUGCCACUGUCCAUGACUCGAGAUGAAGGGUCAAAGGGGACCCCUGACACCCCAGGCAGAGGGAACCAGGGUCGAAGAUGGAGGUGAGAGGCGGGGCUUGGGGCUCAGUCUGUCCAGGUGUCUCUGCUUCUUCCUUUAACGAGAACAGGGUCUUCUUGGCAGAGAGCUCCCACACGUGUCCCCACAGGGGGACCCAACAAGGCUGUCUCUGGGCCGGACCAGGCAGUUAAGCUCCAUGCUCCCACCCCCCACCCCCCACCCAGAGAGGGGCCCCGCAGACCCUGUGCGGGCCCUGAGCCCAGACACAUGUCCCUUCCUCCAUUAUAACUGGAUAAUUAACAGCAUUAUAACUGGAUCUUGUUUCCCCUAAAUCAAUGAACACUAAGUUUCUUUUUGGAAAACGCUGGAUGCCCUCUUUUUACAAACCGUUUUUGUCUGCCCCCCAUACAAGUAGUAGACCGAGAGGGGCCCCUGCAGGCCUUUGGAAUCAUGAAGUGUCAGCCUCAGAAAGGCCCUGUAAAAAGGGAAACUGAGGACCCAGGAGGGCCCUGACUGCCGGCACCAAGCCCCACCCCACCACACUCUGUCACACCUGGCACCCCCCCAGCAGCCCGGGGCCAGAACCCAGUCCCCACCCCCUCACCUCCACUGGGCUGAGCUGGACGUUCUCAGGGCAGGAAAACGCAGCCGCGGAGAAGAGGGCUUGGUUCCCACUCAAAAAGCACACUUUUCCCCAGAUCCUAGGAAACCGAGGUCUCUGCAGGCGGCCACUGUUCCUGGUGAACCCGGGCCUUGGGCCACGUGGGGGAGCCCAGGCGCUCCCCGGGCUGUGUGGGUCCGCGCUGGAAGGUCAGACUGUGGCGGGGCCUUAGAGCACCUCCUACUCUCCAGCUUCGAAGGCGAGGAGGUUGAGGCCUGAGAGGGGGAGGAACUUCCCCAGGACCACACAGCCAGAGGCAGGAAGGUGUUCUGAAGCCCGGGCUCACUGUAGGUGCACCGCCUGCAGCCCCCACCCGGGCGCGGAAGGGCGGGGACAGGGGCGGGAGCAUCUGUAUGUAUUUUUUAAAUUUUGAUAAUGAGGCCACAGAGCCUGCUUGUUUGCAUAACUUCUUAAAAAAAGAGAAUGGAUAUUUUCAUUACUUUCUUAUAAAUACAAUUGUGAAAUAGCAACCCA